UAGGACCCAAUUCAGGUUCAAAGUUUGCAGACAGCUCCGUAUAAGCUAGCUUCUUUAGAUAAAUUAAUUAUGAAUAGUACUACCAUUUAAAGAUCUAAACUCGGUGAAUGUGAUUAUUUUGCAGCAUAAUGGGUAAUACAGUUUCAGUGUUUACUGAUGAUCAGUUAGAAGCAUAUCAGGACUGUACAUUCUUUACCCGAAAAGAAAUUCUCAGAGUAUUCGAAAGGUUUCGAUCCGUUUCACCCAAUCGGGUGCCAAUAAAUAUGCGGGACGGCAAAUCGAGGAAAAUAAAAAUCCCGUAUCAAGAACUUGUUACUAUGACAGAAAUACGAGAAAAUCCAUUUUGUGAGCGGAUAUGUCAUGUGUUUUCUGAGGAUGGUUCUGGAGACAUGACGUUUGAUGACUUUCUGGACAUGUUUUCUGUUUUCUCAGAGGCUGCUCCAAGGGAUAUUAAAUGUGCUUAUGCCUUCAAGAUCUACGAUUUUGAUGGUGAUAAUUACCUUAGUCGGCAUGAUCUGAAAGAAACAUUGAAAUGUUUGACACGGGGUGAACUUACAGAUGAAGAAAUUUCCUUCGUUGUUGGAAAGGUUCUGGAAGAGGCUGAUCUGGACGAUGACAACAUGCUAUCAUACAUAGAAUUUGAACAUGUAAUAUCGCGGUCAUCCGACUUUCUAAAUACUUUCCAUAUUCGGAUUUGAGAGAGCUUUGGCAAACGCGCGGACUACGAACAUGAACGUUUAUUUGUAUUACAUUUACCACUUGUACUUACUUUGGGAGACAUGUAAAUUGCAGACUCAACGUCUUUUUUGUUACAAUAAAUGUACUGAAAUUAAUACACUAUGUAUAUAUGUAACACAAACGGCAUGUUUUGUUAGUAAGCUGUUUUGAUUUUGUUAAUACAGUUGUUGUUAAUAUUUGUGGUACUUACCAUACCGUAACAAUUUCAAAUAAAAUGUCAUUUAAACAUGUUCAUCAAAAGAUCGUAAAAUUAAAUUGUUAAAUUUGUCACAUAUUUUUCAAUUUAUAGUAUACAAAUAAAAGACACGUAUUAUCUCCACUUCAA